AUGACAAGGAAAAGAAAAUCACUCUCCAACUCUGCUCCCAACGACGCUGCCGCCCCCGACGCCACCACCAACGAUGGUGAAAAAGCAACAUCCGCUCCGGUGAUCACUCCUGAAUUCAGGCUUGCAAAUCACUUGCUACUCUCCAAAAAAAGUGGCGGUUACAAGAACGUUGCUUUUUCGCCUUUGUGCAUCAAACUCCUUCUUAGCAUUGUCGCCGCCGGGUCUAACGGCCCGGUUUGUGACGAACUCCUCUCAUUCCUCCGAUCAGAAUCCAUCAACCAUCUCAACUCCGUGGCAACUCAGCUCUUGUCCUCCGUGCUUGUCGACCCUUUUUCGAGCGGCGGACUUCUCCUCUCUUACACGAAUGGUGUUUGGGUUGACAAAAGGCUAUCUCUAAAGCCUUCCUUCUCACAAAUUUUGGAGAACACUUACAAGUCCACUUUGACUUCACUUGAUUUCACAAACAAGGUAAAUUUUUAG